AUGGCGCUCCGCGGCACGCCUUUAUCUCAAUUCAGUGUGGACGAACGCAUGCGGUGGGCUCUCAAACGGAAGACGAAGAAGAAAGAGGACCAGGCAUACUGUUUACUCGGGAUCUUUGAUGUGUCGAUACCUCUGAUAUACGGGGAACGAGACAAAGCGCGUGUUCGACUUCUAGAAGAGAUUGAGAAAUCGUUGAAGAGACAAUCAAUAGAGACAAUCGACACCUGGAUUCGACAGAAAUGCUACAGUGCGACAAAUCUCAGAAUUGAGAGACUCUCAGGACACGACCUAGAGAUGGAUCAGUGUUACAUCAACCUUGCUAUUGUACAGCACCAUCAAGAUGCACCCUCCUCAGGAGACGAGAACGCGUUUUCUGGAGACAACCAAACUGCACACCAAUCAUCCCCCUUUUCGCUCCUUACGCGACUUCAUGUCAAAGAGCGGUACGAAGGAACACAUAUUCCACUGCCAGCAAUCUUCGAUCCGCGCCGAGGGCGUCACGGCGAUAAGGAUCUCCCUAGACGGAUCCUCAUUCGAGGACAGGCCGGGGUAGGAAAGACCCCCCUGUGCAAGAAGAUUGUCUUUGAUUUUAUCUCAGCCGGAAUGUGGGACGAACCUGUUUUACCGUAUCCUCUGGAUACCUCUGCGGAGGUUAAAAGUGAUGUCUUCUUCUCUACCCACGAAUAUCCUGAGUCUGCCGCCCUUGAAUUACACAAGGCGAUCAAUGAUCCAAAGUCUACGCACACCCUUUUCAUCCUCGAUGGCUUGGAUGAAGUCUCACAGGACUUUGCGAAAGAUAGCGAUAUUUUCCAACUACUUCUCUAUCUCUUAAAUCGGCCUAAUGUCGUCAUCACAUCUCGACCGUACGCGACUCUCCCGCGUGGCCUCGAUUCCUUUGACCUGGAGCUGGAGACGAUUGGAUUCUACCCGGAACAAGUGACGACCUAUCUUAGAAAAUCACUUUCCGAUCCGUCCAAAGUUGAGAAAAUCCAGUCAUUCCUCUCAGACCACUGGUUAGUUCAGGGUCUUGUUCGAAUCCCGAUUCAAUUAGAUGCAUUGUGCCUCACCUGGGACGAUGGUGACAGCUUCGUAGAAGCUCCAGAGACCAUGACAUGCCUAUACCAAGCGAUUGAGCUGAAAUUAUGGAGAAAAGAUAUCGUUCGUUUGUGCGAACGGCAUCCUGAUCGUUCGCCCCCGCACAGCACUGACCUACAAGAUAUGGGAAGACGAGGAAUCGAGAUGUUCGUCGAGGAUGAGAUCAUGCUGCUCGAAACACUUGCAUUCACUGGACUGCACAAUGAUAUUAUGGACUUUAAUGCAGACCUUGUGGAGACGAUAUGCGAGAGCUCUGAAUGCCUCAAACAGAUUUUCGUGCCGAAAAAAAUUCUGCAAAACGUUUCUUUCCUACGGACGUCAGAGCCAUCAUCGACAAAUAAACGCAAAUAUUAUCACUUUCUGCACUUGACCUUUCAAGAGUAUUUCGCAGCACGGUAUUUCGUCCGACAUUGGAAGAAUCAACACCAGCUCGAGUGCCUCCACUUCGAACGGUCGCGGCUCAUCAAAGGACGGACCGAAAAACUAUCACCUGCUGGGUUUCUUCAGGAACACAAAUACUCGAUACGCUAUAACAUUCUAUGGCGAUUCGUCACUGGGCUACUUCAGGACGAAGAGGCGCACGUUAUGCACUUUUUUGAGGUUGUCCAGGACCCACUCGACCUUCUGGGACCAGGACACCAGCGACUAAUUAUGCACUGUUUGAGCGAAGUGACGAGAUCGAACAGUCCGAGCAAUUUCACCUCAGUUCGACAGGAUUUGGAAAUGACGUUGUCCGAUUGGCUGCGAUUUGAAUGCAAUUUCCACGGACAAGCAGAGCUCGCACGCGAGAUAGAGUUUCCAGAAAAGGUAGUAUGCUCCAUGCUGCGAAAUGAGUCUGAAGGAGUAAGAGUGGCAAUUCUAGGCUCGCUAGCGAGACGUCCUAGGAUUCAGUUAAGCAUUAUAAUGGUGGUUAUCUCCUUCCUAGAACAGAGCCAGCCCGCAAGCAUCAUCAAGGCGGCCCUCAUGGUCCUUGAACGUCAAUCCUCGUUGUCUUCUGACAGUGUCGAGAAGGUAGCUGCACGACUUGACCAUAAAAACCGGUAUGUCCGGCGGGCGGCCCUUACGGUCCUUCAAGGUCAAUCCUCGUUAUCUUCCGAGAGUGUCGAGAGGGUGGCUGCACGACUUGAGUAUGAAGACCGGCACGUCCAGCAGGCGGCCAUUAGGGUCCUUCGAUGUCAAUUCUCGUUAUCUUCCGAGAGUGUCGAGAAGGUGGCUGCACGACUUGACCAUAAAGAUUGGCACGUCCGUUGGGCGGCCCUUACGGUCCUUCAAGGUCAAUCCUCGUUGUCUUCCGAGAGUGUCGAGAGGGUGGCUGCACAACUUGGCCAUAAAAACCG